GGUGUCUGGUGGGGGGCUGGUCUGGGAAGAUGACGAUCGCUCCCCGGAUGCUAUGGGGCGGCAAUCCCAAGGGAGGGGGAGGCAGCGCCUGCAACUGCAAAGGAGGGGGUUUGGGAGCGGGGCCGAGGUCAUUUGCGAGCUCGGGCAGUCUGCCGGAUGAAGAUCGGAUGUCUCUAUCUGGAGGAGAGGGGAAGCAUCAUCCUUCGGGAUUUAGGCUGGCGCUUAUGGUCUUGGUGACGAUUCUUUCGUUCUAUAUUAUCUCGAGCAAUUUCUCUGCUCACUGCCAGAAUGCAGUUGUAGCGCGGCCGUUGGAUGCAGUCCACAUUCCACCGCCACCUGGGUUUCAUAUGUAUGAGCCUGUAGAGCUUGGGACUGGGCGAAGACUAGUGGGGCAUCCAGCAGAGCAAUCAGAAGGAGGCAGAGGGGGAAGGCAAGGAGAAGGGGGAGGAGGCAUAGAAGCAGAAAGAAUUGGGAGAGAGUCAGAUAGAGGGGAGAGAGAAGAAAGGCAAGGAGAAAGAGAAGAUAGAGGAGGAGGAGGAGGAGAUAGAGAAAGUGGAGGGAGAAAUGAGGAGGCAAUAACGAAGACUGGGCGAGUUGUUAGAUCGAGUAGAAAGCAGAUGCACGAACCGGCAACUGUCUCGCCGGACCGCACAUCGACCAGGACAGUCGAAUUAUUGAUCCCGACACCGUCGAUGCGUCCUUCUGAUGAUCGUUCGAUCGCUGUGGGGUCACAGAGUGCUGAUCAGGAACCUGUUAUUGCGCCUACGCCGAAUGACGCCACAGCUGCUGGCCGGUCUACUACCGGUAGUACCAUUGUGUCCUCCAAUAACCGAGGUCCUGUGUCGUCAGGAGGUCCUGAGGCGGGAGACAGAGGCGUGUUACAGAUGGCAAAAGAGGGAGGAGGAGGAGAAGCUUCAUCAAGACGAGGAGGGGAAGGAGUUUUGUCGCAAGCAGGAGCAGGACGAGGAGAAGAGGAAAGAACAGGGUUUCAUAUACCAAUUACCUCGUUGGUAGCAAGAGCAGAAAGGGGAGGAGGAAGCUCUUUCUUGAAAUCAUCUGUGUCGGUUUCCUCACCGACGUACAGCUCCAUGGCCAUCGCUUCAGCGAUAAGCCCCCCGGUCGCGUCAGAGAGAAGCCCGAUCGCGUCGGAGAGAAGCCCGAUCCCGUCGAAGAGACGUCCCAUCCCGUCAACGAGACGUCCGGAUCCGGAUGGCUCCCCCCCACGAUCAUGGAGGAGGAUGGGUAGGACUCAUCGGCUGUCAAAGGCCGACAGACAAUUGCUGAAGCUUGCUUCGGCGAAGAUUGCCAACGAGAGUUCAAUUCCGACGAAUGAGAGAGGUAAGAACGGAUCUGCUGGGAGCGGUGGAAGGAAAAAGAUCGCCUUCAUGUUCUUGGUACGUGGUCCCAUGCCUCUGGCAUCCGUUUGGGAACGGUUCCUGCGAGGACAUGAAGGGUAUUAUUCCGUCUAUAUGCACGCUUGUCCCGGGUUCGCCUACGCGGCCAACGAUUCGAAGCUGUUCUCUUCCAAUUUGAUUCCUAGUGAAAGCACAGCGUGGGGUUCUGUGCGAUUGAUCGAUGCAGAGAGACGAUUGUUAGCGCGAGCUCUGCUUGAUCCUGAUAAUCAUAGAUUCGCUCUCGUCUCUGAGUCCUGUGUUCCCAUUAGGGGCUUCAGGUUUAUGUAUUCCUAUUUGUUCCGAGAGGAGAUUAGCUAUGUGAAGGCGCUCCCAGAGAAGACGCGAUAUCAGCCGGAAAUGGCGCCAGUUGUCACGCGGCGCAUGUGGCAGAAAGGCUCUCAGUGGCUGAUUCUGACACGUAGGCAUGCGGGUACGAUCGUUAGCGAUAAGUUGUUUUAUCCUCUUUUUGCCUCCUACUGCAUCGGUAGAGGACCACGUGGGGCCUGCUUCUCUGACGAACACUACAUGCAAACGGUUCUUGUACACUUAGACAGGAGAAGGGUCUCCCGAUGGACGACUACCUACCUGCGCUGGGGCUAUAAACACGCGGCGCAUCCGGUGUCGUAUGGCGCUGCAGAUGUGACCGAAGAGUUGCUGCAGAAAAUACGUUCAGAUCGGACCUGCAAGACGAGGAAAGGAAAGAGACCUGUUGUGUGCUACCUGUUCAUGCGCAAAUUUCGCAACGACACGGCGGACGUGCUGCAUGCACUCGGGGAUCGUCUCGGGAUCUGGGAGGAGGAGGAAGGGAUUGAAACUAGCGACCACGAUCUUCAAGGAUCUCCUCCCUCUCUUUCUAUCGUCCAACCACGUGGCGCCACGUUUACCGGUUGACAUGGCUGUGAACGACCACUGGAAGGUACACUCUGAUUAGCGUUUUGCUUUUCAAUUUGAAGGUAGCAGGGUUUGAUCCGGUGACUUGCACCGCCUAUGUGCCGUGUUUGACACUUUGGAUCGAGCCUGCGAGAAGCGAGUUGUGAGAUGACGGAGGGAAACGAUCAAGCCUCUGAGGCUCUGACCACCACGAGGCAGGCUACCACGAGGCUCAGCCGCACGACGGAUGGGCGGCGCCCCUUGUUUAUCCCUUCUCUCUUUCGCCUUGUGCUGUUCUUCGCCUUUUAAUCUGCUGAAGGUCUGAUGGUGCUUCACAACUCUACUUCCUUUUCUGACACGAAUUGACUUCUAUUCCUUUCCAACCUUACACUUGGCUGCAGUUAACGUGACUUGAUUGGUUGUGAGUCUUGUGACACGUCUGGAAUAAUUCAGCACGAUUUGGCACCAGCUCACUCGGGAUGAGUUGGGACCAGUUCAGUCUGGAUGAGUUGGGACCGAUUCAUUCAGGAUGAGUUGGGACCAGUUGACUUAGGAUAAGUUGGGACCUGUUGACUCAGGAUGAGUUGGGACCCGGACCGAUUCACUCAGGAUGAGUUCUGACCAGUUGACACGGGAUCGGUUGGCUGGAGCGAUUAAUUUGCUCGCCGAACUGCAGGCUCUGGCAUUAUAAGAUAGAUCAAGAAGAGAGCAACGACAGUUCCCCAGGAUAAAGGCUGAGUGCUGGAUCUAGAAAAAGAGGAGGAUGAGGAUGAUUAUCGUUGCAAUUCCCUUUGUUGGGCUCCAUAAUCCCCUCAAUUUGGUCCAGGUCCCCAGGAUAAAGGCUGAUUCCUGGAUGUAGAAAGAGGAGGAUGACCCUCCAGGAUAAAGGCAAUUCUGAGGU